AAACACAACAUGCUUAUCUACUGUCUAAACUAGGUGUGACAGAUAUUUUUUUCACCUACCAGUUUGAGGAGGGGUGUUCAGUAUAUCAUCACUACUAGUUAGUUACAAGUGUCCAGCUGACAUCUAGUUUAUUAGAGUUUGUUAUUUAGUAACUAGAUUACGCAGUUAGCAGCUAUAUAAAUAGCAGCAGUUCAGAUAUUUUGUAGUUGAGGCAAUUACUUCAAGUAAAAGAAAUACUUUCUUCAGCUUUGUUCUGUGUUUCACUCCAUGACUCAGCUUUGUGAAUCUCCAUUGUUAUAGCUUAACAAUCUGUUUCUCUCUUGAGUAGAUUAAAUGUAACCAAAAAAAUAAAAAUUAGUAGUUUAUUCACGAGCUACAUUCACAAACAAUUAGGUGAUAGACUGAUGAUACAAUAUUGAACAAAAUCAUAUAUGAUGAAAUGAUAUAAAACAACAAUUCAAUCAAAUUUAUGUUUAAAUUAGGAAGAAUAAAAACUAAACUCCCUCCUUUUUGUUCCCUCUUGUAACAGAACUUUAUUGUUCCGAAUCUCUACAGUUUCUCCCUCAUCCAUGCCCACCAAAUGUUCGACCAAAUGCUCAGCAGGAAUUGUUGCAUGUUCUCGACCACCUAUGAGUCCUUUCCUUGGUCUUUAUCCACAUAUUCUGUCUACCAUACUAGUCUAACCACCAGUACAGCUGCUUCUUCAAGUUUUGGAAGAAGAGUUGUUUCCAUGGCUGUAUCAAGUAACAAAGCUAACCACAGAAAUCCUCGACGACCCAAGCUCCCACCUGAAGUGGACAAUACCUUCCAAAGGGUCUUGUACGAGGAUGAAGAAGAAAUGACUCAGAAACCAAAUCUUGAUAUUUUAACUGAUGAUGAUGAUGAGGGAGUUGUAAGUGUGGAUUCUUCGGAUGGAAUUCUAUGGGAAUCGGAUGAGAUGGAAGCGAUUUCGUCUCUUUUUAAAGGGAGGAUCCCUCAGAAGCCUGGAAAAUUGGAUAGAGAGAGGCCUUUACCUUUGCCCCUUCCUUACAAGAUUCGGCCUUUAGGACUUCCUACACCGAAAAGAUUCAAGAACUGUUCAAGGGAAUCUGUUUCGAAGCAAGUGUACAAGAAUCCCACUUUCUUGAUUGGUUUGGCCAGAGAAAUUCAAGGCCUUCCAAUUGAGGAAAAUGUAUCGAUGGUUCUAAGUAAAUGGAGUCCUUUUCUUCGGAAAGGAUCAUUGUCAUUGACAGUCCGAGAGUUGGGUUACUUGGGACUUCCAGAGAGAGCUCUGGAAACAUUCUGCUGGGUGAAGAAACAACCCCAUCUUUUCCCAGAUGAUCAUAUUCUUGCUUCUACCAUUGAAGUUCUGGCGGGAUCAAAUGAGUUAAAAGUGCCAUUUGAUUUGGAAAAAUUCACUGGCUUGGCUAGUCGGAGUGUGUAUGAAGCAAUGUUAAGGGGUUGUAUUAAAGGAGGACGCCUGAAGCUUGCUUUGAAGCUUCUUUCAAUGGCUAAGGAAUCUAACAGAGUGCUUGAUACUGGGGUGUAUGCGAAGCUAAUCUUGGAGCUUGGUAAGGAUCCUGAUAAAAGCACACUUGUCUUGGUGUUGUUAGAGGAGCUUGCUGUGAGAGAUGAUCUGAAUUUGACACCACAAGACUGUACAGCUAUCAUGAAGAUUUGCAUUAGGCUCAGAAGAUUUGAGAUCGUGGAGGGGCUAUAUGAUUGGUUCAGGGAAUCGGGUGGUAAUCCAAGUGUAGUUAUGUAUACUACUAUGAUUCACUGUCGUUAUUCAGCGAACAAAUAUAGAGAGGCAUUAGCCAUGCUAUGGGAAAUGGAGGCUUCAAAUUGCCUUUUUGAUCUUCCAGCUUAUCGUGUGGUGAUUAAGCUCUUUGUUGCUUUGAACGAUCUCCCAAGGGCUGUACGCUAUUUCUCUAAACUUAAGGAAGCAGGUUUCAGUCCAAAUUUUGACAUAUACUGCAGCUUGAUCAAAAUUUAUAUGGCUUCUGGAAGGGUGGCUAAGUGCAAGGAUAUUUGCAAGGAGGCAGAGAUGGCUGGAUUCAGGUUUGAUGAAAAUACAUUGUUGAAGUUGCAACAAUAAAAUUUGUUGCAUCUUUUGAUGUAUUUGCAUGUAAUUUAGAGUUCAUGUUGUUUAAAUUCGGUCCAUUAUCCA